AGCGUGCAGGACGGGCAAGGAGGGUGGGGGGCGGCGGAGUCUCCUGCGGACACCGCCCGCUCCCGAGCUUCUGUCAGGGGAGCUGGGCGUGCGGAGGCGGCUGAGGAGGCGGGAAGGCGGCAGUGGUUGAAGGGGUGAUUGCUGACUAGCGGGGAGGGAGUGGGCAGCGAUGGUGAUGGCGGCGAAGAAGGGCCCGGGCCCGGGCGGCGGGGUCAGCGGGGGCAAGGCGGAGGCGGAGGCGGCCUCGGAGGUGUGGUGCCGUCGGGUGCGGGAGCUGGGUGGCUGCAGCCAGGCCGGGAAUCGCCACUGCUUCGAGUGCGCCCAGCGCGGGGUCACCUACGUGGAUAUCACCGUGGGCAGCUUCGUGUGCACCACCUGCUCCGGCCUCCUGAGAGGGCUGAAUCCCCCUCAUCGUGUCAAGUCAAUCUCCAUGACAACUUUCACUGAGCCUGAAGUAGUAUUCCUGCAAUCCCGUGGAAAUGAGGUUUGCCGGAAGAUUUGGCUGGGUCUAUUUGAUGCUCGGACAUCUUUAGUACCAGAUUCCAGGGAUCCUCAGAAAGUGAAGGAGUUUCUCCAGGAAAAAUAUGAGAAGAAGAGAUGGUAUGUCCCCCCAGACCAAGUCAAGGGGCCCGCUUAUACCAAAGGCAGUGCCUCCACCCCUGUGCAGGGCUCCAUCCCAGAAGGAAAGCCCCUUCGGACACUUCUGGGUGAUCCUGCACCGUCUCUCUCAGUUGCUGCCUCCACCUCGAGCCAGCCCGUCAGUCAGUCUCACGCUCGGACAUCCCAGGCCCGGAGCACUCAGCCACCUCCCCACUCCUCUGUCAAAAAAGCCAGUACUGACCUGCUGGCUGACAUUGGUGGAGACCCCUUUGCUGCACCCCAGACGGCACCAGCUUUUGCUGCAUUCCCUGCCUUUGGGGGUCAGACACCUUCCCACGGGGGCUUUGCCAACUUUGAUGCCUUCAGCAGUGGCCCCAGCCCUUCUGUGUUCGGAAGCCUCCCUCCAGCUGGUCAAGCUCCGUUCCAGGCCCAGCCAACUCCUGCGGGUUCAAGUGAUUCUGGUGCCUCAGCCUCCCAUGUAGCUGGAAUUACAGGGAGCAGCCAGGGAACUCCAUUUGGUGCCGUUCCACUGGCACCCACCAGUCAGCCAAACAGCCUCACAGACGUGGGCAGCUUCCUGGGACCCGGGGUGCCCACUGCAGGUGUUCCUAGCAGCCUUUUCGGGAUGGCCGGCCAGGUCCCCCCACUCCAGUCUGUCACGAUGGGCAGCAGCAGCAGCACAGGGCUGGCCUUUGGAGCCUUCACCAACCCUUUUGCAGCUCCCGCCGCCCAGCCCCCACUGCCUUCCACCAACCCAUUCCAGCCCAAUGGCUUGGCGCCAGGGCCAGGCUUUGGGAUGAGCAGUGCUGGGCCUGGCUUCCCCCAGGCAGUGCCACCCACCGGGACCUUUGCCAGCUCCUUCCCAGCACCGCUGUUCCCCCCGCAGACCCCGCUGGCUCAGCAGCAGAAUGGCUCUUCCUUCGGGGACUUAGGAUCAGCCAAGUUGGGGCAGAGGCCACUGAGCCAGCCAGUUGGGAUCUCCACCAACCCCUUCAUGACUGGACCUUCAUCAAGCCCAUUCGCCUCCAAGCCUCCAACCACCAACCCCUUCUUGUAGCACUGUGUUUUUGGGGGACCUCUUCCCUGCCUUCUGGGGCCCUCUGCUCCCUAGAGCUCUGGUGACCACUUACCUGUGGGCGUUUCUAUGGGCCUUGGGGAUGGUGGAGGUGCUAAUGCUUUGCUUGGGGCCUACAGGUGAAAGGUGGCUGUCCUCAGAUUCCACAAAGCCUCUGCUCCCCUCCCUCGUCCCACCCCCACCCAGGCAGGAAGCCCAGGAGGAGUGCGGGCAGGGCCUGGCCUGGAGGAGUGAUAGUUGAGGGGAGGGAUUUUUUUCAAAUGAUCAGUUAGGACAGCUCCCUGCUCCCCUGCUCUCACUGCACAGUGCUCCCCCACUCCCAGCCCUGUGGGUGGAGGACAUUGCGAGCACAGACUGGCCAGCCUUACCCCGUGGGAACAGCUCUUCCCUUGGCCCAGCUCGCCAGCGCUGUGCUCCUCGUGGAUGGGAGUGCAGUGGGGAAGGUAGGGGAAACACGAGGCACAGUGUUGACGGGGCAGUGACCAGACAGUCCCGGGAGCCAGAAGGCCCAGGUGGCCCAAGUGCUCUUGGUGGCCCAGCUUGGCCAGCACAUACUUUCCUCCUGCAGCACCCCCUGCUGAAGGGGUCCCCCAUUGUUUUGCUUCCCCAGCGCCCAGGAUGAGCGGUUUACCUUUGAGCUCACCCGGGCCCAGCUCCUGUCAAGCACUUUAGUUAGCUGUUGGUGUCAUGUUUGGAUACCAGUGUUUUAUAUUUAUACAUAGAGAGGAUUUUCUAAUAUAGCCUAUUAUAUAUAAAUAGAUCUAUCUAUAUGCACAUACAUAUAUACACACACCCAGCCGAUCUCCCGCUCCCAGACUGCUCUCAUAUGUGGGGAAUGGGAUGAAUCCCCAACUGUGCCUCGACCAUCAAAGCCGGAGCUCUAGGGCUGGAGGGGGGCAGCUAUGUGUCCUGACCCUCACCAUUCCCAGAGCCUGGGUUUUCCAGGGAAAGGCUUUGUGCAAUUGCCUGGUCUUUUUUUUUUUUUCUCCAUGUGCCUCCCCAUCCCCAAAUCUCUGCACCAAAGCUCAUUGCAGGCAGUGUUAGAAAAGAACUGCAUUUGAACGAAAGAGAAAAUGGCUCUCGUGGUUUUGCUUCAGGGCACUUUGAAGGGUUGCAGGUCAGUCAACGUGACUGAUCCUUGACCUGGCUCUGCUGGGCUGGACUGCCCGGGCCAGUGAUGCUGCUGCCAUUGGCCAGAGACAGGGCACAGCUGGUCCCUGUCUAAACAAGAGUCCUGCAUUAGCAACGAGAAGAAGCAUGGCGGGAGAGGGGCCGCCACUGCCGGGGACUGGAGUUUGUUUGAUGUGAGGGGAAUGCCCACUUGGGGUCAGGGUGGGCAAAGGAGGUUGGUGCCAACGUGGAGGUGGAAGUAGGCCCCUCCUGGGUCUGGGACAUUCUCUGCCCCAGGCUCUUUCCACCUGGGGAUGUUGUGGCAACAGCCGUGGUGUCUGGGCUAUUUGUGCUGACAAGACAGACCUGGUCAGGGGGUGGGUGGCAAACACCUCACCUGGCUGGGCAGAGGCCGCCUUGCUGUUUGGCCCGAGGCCAGGAGAGGCCCCUCCCUUUCCACCAUUGCCCUGGCCCCGUGGCCGUUCAUUCUUGGGGUUUGUCUGGGUCUUCCACAGAGAGCAGCAAAGAGAUAUGGGAAUUGGGUGACUGGUGUAUUUACUUUGAAGAUUUUUCUGGAAAUACCUCUAGCUGCUGCUAUUUUCUAGGCCGGGCUUGGCAUCCCUGUCUUUUCCAAAAAUCAGGACCCAUCUUUUCUGUUCCUGUUCUUCUCCCAGCCUCUGCCCUCCUUCUGUCUCCUGGGUAGUCUCCGGCUUCGCUCCCUGACCUUUGCUUGUUCCAUCUCUUCUCUUUCUCCCCUCUUUGCCACCCUAGAUUAUUUCUGUGUCCCUCUACCUAAUACUCUUACCAGUUCUUUCCUUUCUGCUUAGAGCUGGAGGGAGGGCAGCUGGAAUCUGUUAUGGUGUAUUAGGGGGAGGAGCCUUUCUGUUCUUCCCCCACCAGCUUCCAUCACCCUUGCCUUAUGCCAGGAGCACCGAGGUUUGGAACUGAGGCUAAACCGAAGGGCUUUCCCCCGCUUCUGUCACCCCAUACUGUGUCCCGGCAUCUCUUCACUGUCUGGGUCCAGACCCGGGUCCUCCCUGCAGACUCCCUCCCCUCCAGCCCACAAGGACUCCAGCCUGCUCGCUGCCAGAGCUAGAUGAGCAGUAAGAAGUUAACGCCAGGUCAGCCUCAGGCCCUAGGGUUCUCUGGGCACAGGCUGACACUAGGAGCUGCCCUCCUUGGCUGGGGCAGCCUCAGCAGCUCAGGCUCCAGCACAAUGAGCCGCCUCUCCUGGAGAGUAGCAAAGAAUGGAGAAAGGCCUGGCCUGAGAGGAAAUGGAGAAAACAUUGCCUGGUAGCUGCAGAUUCAAACCCACUGCACACACCACGGGGCUACAGUGGCUUGCCUGGGCUCACACCAGUCUUCUGACCGUGCUCUGCUGACAGCAGUCCUCUAGCAUGGCUCCAGCAUUCAGCCAGGCACCUGUGGGCCAUCCCCAUGUGUGAGGAAGCAGGAGUCAGCCCCCAAGUGUCUCCACAUUGGAGCUUGCAGGUCAGACCUGCGGGCCAGGAGAUGGGAGCAGGGCUGAGGGUAGGGGCUGAAGGUGUGGCUCUGUCCCUGUGUUGCCUUCCACAGAGGAGCAAGGCCUCAGGCUGAGGAAGGAAGGGCACGCUGGAACAGCCUAGUCUCUUCCCUGUGGAUUCCCCCAACUCCAUAAUAUUCCUCCAUAGGGGCUGAGAACGCAGUGCCCCGUCCCUGACGGAUGAAAAGUGUACCCUUCAGGUUGGGAGAGGCAGAGCUGAGGUUCUGCCACUUCCUGUCCCUGGGGAGCCACUCAAGUUACCAGGGUUACCAGCUGAAAUAUUUUCAGGGUAGGGCCAAGGGCAGUGUGUUGCCAAGGCAACUGAUGUAGGCCAGUUGCGUGACUCCAGGCUUGUCCUGGUACUCAGUGGGUCCGAUCACCUGGCAUUGAUCACCUGGCAUUUAUCAGCACCCACCCCACCCCUGAGGCUUGCCCAGACACCAGACCCUCAGAUCCCUGCUCUUCCUGCCUUUCCUGCCCAUGCAUCACCUAGCACCCAAGGUUCAGUGACAGGGUGGUUUGGAGCUGGUCACUGUCAUAGCAGCUGUGAUUUCACAAGGAAGGGUGCUGCAGGGGGACCUGGUUGAUGGGGAAUGGGAAGGGGAAGGUAUAAAGAGAUCUUCCUCAGGUA